AUGGGAGGUGCGGUGCUUCCAAUGGUGGUGCCACGUGCUUGGGCUCCGGGUUCGGAAAUUGCUGCGGGACUUUGCGGAGGUGAAGUGGAGCAGUGCGGAGGAGGAUGCGAUUCAAACUUCGGUCUGUGCUACUUGUCGGACCCUUGGGAAGAGGGAUACCCAGGCGGCUUCCCUAUCUUCUCUGGCGGCAGUUCAUCGCUUUUGAGUUCGGCAACUGAAGUCUCGUCUAUGGAUUCGUUAAUCAUGAGCGCGAGCUCGACGGUGGACCCAAACUCCCUUGGCUUAGGCUUGGGAGGCAGCGAAUCGUCAUCAGCAACGUCCUCACCCGUGAGUCAAGUGAGCUCGGAAGCAAGUUUAAUCGUCACUUCCACAGACAUGCCGUCUUCUUUAGACCUUGGAUUAGGAGGUAGUAUCACGACAUUAGCUACAGUAAUUCCUAUCACCUCCGUAGAUAGCUCGUCGUCGAGCGGCUUUUCAUUGUCAGUGAGCGAGAGCUUCUCAUUGAGCGAUACCUCAGCCUCAAGUAUCGUCUCAGCCUCAAGCACCGCAUCUGGAUCUGAGGCUUCAUCAUCGGGCAUCCUAUCAGCGUCUUCUUCGGAGCUACUGUCAAGUUCUCCAACACCCACACUAUCGGCUAGCUUGGUAACCGAGUCUUCUUCCGCGGUAUCGACAUCAUCCGAUAGCACUAUCGUCGACCCUAUCUCUGCCGGCGAUCAAAGUCUGUCGAGCUCAGUUAUCGAGAGUUCCUCAACACUAGUAUCUUCGAUCGACAGUGUGUCACUAUCAGCUUCCUCCACCGACAGCGCGUCCAUCUCAGCAUCACUCAGUGAGAGCGCGACUCUGUCCAUUUCUUCCAGUGGGUCUUCAUCCAUCUCCGCGAUCGACGUGGCAUCCGAAGUCGCCGGUGCGCUUGACUCGAUCAUCGACUCCAUUCAACCUACGCCAACCGCCUCAAUCGACCUCACCUCUAUCGUAUCCGAACUCAUCUCGCUCGUCGAUAAAACAAACGCUCCCACGAGUCCUGCGGCAUCUUCCUCUGAGUCGGGAUCUGCUACGAUUACAGGCCCUGCAAGCCCCACCUACACAGGUAACUCUGCUGCUUUUACGAUACCUACGCUUAUGUGUAUAAUGCUGUCUACGCUUGUAUUCGGAAUCCUACUCUUAUAG